AUUGAACAGCUUUUUUGUCCGUUGUCACGCGGACCAGUGCUACAGCGACGUGGGUGGCUUCCAACCGAGCGCGCCUGUCAUGGACACUGCAAGCAUUUGUAACAUCACCUUCGCCCUGCUGGGCGCCUGGCUGCUGGGCUACAGGCCGCUGCUGUAUACGCCCUGCAAGACGGUCGUGGAGGUGAUGACGACUCUUCUCAGCGGUGCCUCGUUGGCCUUGCUGGCGCCCUUCCUCCCAUGGCCACCACCGCCGGGGAGCGUGAUCACCCUGGCGGUCAUUGGCAUGCUGCUGAGUGCUGGAACGCCAUGUGGCUCUCUCUUCGCCGCACUCGUGCUAUCGCUCAGCCUAGGCGUGGGGCUCGCGGGCUACACUUGGCAAUUGGGCCUCUGCCAUGCCGCAGCGUCGUCGCUGCACGGAGUGCUCGUGAGCGUCAUGGCGCUGAUCUUCGUGCUGCUCUUCGUGUGCACCCCUGGCAUUGCGGGCCCUGGAACGAUGAAGGUGGUUCUGGCACCCUGCUUGGGAGCCUUGCUCUUUACUUGUGGCCUCGCUGGUGUGGUGACCGAAGAUGGCGAGCAAGUGGCUCUCACUGUCCCGGAGCUUUUGUCCAGCAGUUGUCAGGACAGUUCGAAGAAGUGGCGGAGCUUCUUUGCUUGGGCUGCGCUGGCCGCGUGCGGCAUCGUCUUGCAACUGAUUUUUCUUCGUCUCGCUGCACCAGGCAAUGAACAAGAAGGGCGCCUGGUCGAACGUCUCUUGGAGGUGGAUGACACCGAGACCGCCGGGGUGGCCAAUAUCCCACGCCCGGGCGAAGGAGGCAGAGACAGGUACGACACCCUCCGGAAGGCCAUCGACGCUCCGGAAGAUGCGGACCUGUCCCACCUCUCGGAAAAUGACCGCAAGAUUGUGGAAAUCUGUCGGAAGGACGAGUUCGAACGGGACCGUGUGCUUUGGGGUGGCGGCCUGAUCUGAGUUCUCCUCGCUGACCCCGCGUGGAAAUGCGGAGAAAAUGUAGCCGGGAGGGUCAGUCGAAGAGUCUCGCGGGGGUCUCAGAUGGAGAGGGUCUCAGAUGACUUUUUUGACAUUGAAGCUCUCCGUGGUGAGGGUCUCAGAUGGAAAGAAGUCGAACAAUUUUUUGCUUUUGGAGCGUUAUGAGAACUAAUUUGUUGCAUGACAAACUGAGAAGGCUUUGUGGUCUUCUCAUGCAGGGGUG